CUAUCCGGCCCAUCUCACCGUUAGUCUCGCAACCUAAUCUGCACUGCAGUCUGCGCAACCACCGAAGUCCACACGACCGCUUUUCCGCCUCUUUCCCCCCAUUGCCACAUCAUCCCUUUGGCUCGCCAUCUCCGGUUUCGUUUUAAACCCCAGCUGCCCACGAUCACCUGGAACCGUCUUCCUCUUUUCCUUUCUUCCAUUUUCCCAAGUUCAUAAUAUCUACAACACCAUCUCUUGACCAUAUCAUCCCAGACCCUGGUCCCUUUGAACGCUAUCACGACCACACCCCCGUGCCGAUACAUCCACUACCGGCUACCGUGAUACCAUCCGUCCCUGUAACACUCCCCGGCAUCGCCCCAAGCAGGCUACGGCUCCAACACUUUCGUCAUCGCCGCUACCACUACCGGACGCCAACACCGGCACGGACACAUCUCGCGAUCCAGUCAUCACAUCAUCUUCCCACCUCCGUCAUUCAAAAUGCGUCCCAUCAGCCGCUCCAACAGCAUCUCCUCCAUCUCCUCGCAAUCCUCAACAUCAUCACUCCCGGACGACUCGAUACAGAUCUUCGUGAAGAACCUAGCCGGAAACACCUUCCCCAUCACCCUCCCCUCCACCACCACCAUCUCCCACCUUACCACCCUCCUCUCCCUCCGCACCAACACCACCCACCUCACCACGGCCCCUCGCCUCGUCUUCGCCGGCCGACACCUCGCUAAUCCCACCGCCACCCUCCACGACUACCACAUCCGCACUGACGCCACCCUGCACCUCGCUCUCCCGCUUCUCGGUGGCAUGGCUGCGAAGAAGGGGCCCGUCUGCGCCUACAAGGCCGGGAAAGACGGCGCCUGCCGCACCGUUGCGCAGCGGAUCGUCGGGGACUGCGGGUUCUGUAAGGGGAGCUUCUGUAGUAAGCAUCGGCAGUUGGAGAGUCAUAGUUGUCCCGGGUUGGAGGAUUGCAAGAAGGAGAGUCAUGAGCGGAAUGGGGAUAAGUUGAUGAGUGAGAGAACGGUGGCGAUUAAGGGGGUGUAAUCUCUAGGUGGGCGGUCGGCACUGGGAUAGGAAGAAAGGGACCACGAGCGAUGGGACACGGCGGUCUCUGGUCAAGUUGUGGCCAUGAUUAUUUAUGGGUUUGGCUUUGGGCAACUUUGAUGGUUAGCAGGCGCUCCUGGCGUUGCGAUAUGCGACUGUGUUCAGGGUCCGAUCUCGGUUGUAUUUUAAGCCUUUGGAUCAGCGG